ACUCAUGCUGGUCCUGGUUUGUUGCAGGGUCUCUGGUGGACCGCAGCGAUGAGGAAGCCUCAGAGAAGAUCUCGGCAGAGCCUGGAGGGCUGGCGUUCUCCCUCACCCUACAGCCUCAAGUGCUCGCCCGCUCGGGAGACGCUGACGUAUGCUCAGGCCCAGCGCAUCGUGGAAGUCGACAUCGACGGGCGGCUUCACCGCAUCAGCAUCUACGAUCCCUUAAAAAUCAUCACCGAGGAUGAACUGACUGCCCAGGACAUCACAGAAUGCAACAGCAAUAAGGAAAACAGCGAGCAGCCCCUUUUCCCUUCAAAAUCCAAGAAAACAACUUCCAAAGGCAAGAAGAAGGAAUCCUGCUCCAGACACACAUCAGGAACAUCUUUACACUUACCCCAGCCCAACUUCCGUGUGAUGGACUCCUUCAAGCAGUCCGAUGCCCCUCCUCUCCCUGCCGCCUACUACCGAUACAUUGAAAAGCCUCCUGAGGACCUUGAUGCGGAGGUGGAGUAUGACAUGGAUGAAGAGGAUCUGGCAUGGCUGGAAAUGGUGAAUGAGAAGAGAAGAGAUGAUGGUUAUGGGAUGGUUUCUGCUGAAACUUUUGAGCUGCUGGUAGACCGCUUGGAAAAGGAGUCGUACCUUGAGAGCCGGAACAACAGCACUCAGCAGUCCGUCAUUGAUGAGGAUGCAUUCUGCUGUGUCUGCAUGGACGAUGAGUGUCACAACAGCAAUGUCAUCCUGUUCUGUGAUAUCUGCAAUCUGGCUGUGCACCAGGAGUGUUACGGUGUGCCCUAUAUUCCUGAGGGGCAGUGGCUUUGCCGCUGCUGCUUACAGUCCCCUUCCCAUCCUGUUGAUUGUGUCCUCUGCCCAAACAAAGGUGGAGCCUUCAAGCAGACCAGCGAUGGCCGCUGGGCUCAUGUGGUUUGUGCCAUUUGGAUUCCAGAAGUCUGUUUUGCAAACACUGUGUUCCUGGAGCCCAUUGAAGGGAUAAAUAACAUUCCCCCAGCUCGAUGGAAGCUCACAUGCUAUAUCUGCAAGCAGAAGGGCAUGGGAGCUGCUAUCCAAUGCCACAAAGUGAACUGUUACACUGCCUUCCAUGUCACCUGUGCCCAGCGGGCUGGUCUCUUCAUGAAGAUUGAACCCAUGAGGGAAACCAGCAUCAAUGGCACAACAUUCACUGUGCGUAAAACUGCCUAUUGUGAGAGCCAUUCCCCACCUGGAACAGUGAAAAAAGGGUAUUCAGCUGCUACCAGUGAGAGGCAGGAGGGCAUUGUGAAGGAGGAAAGGGAGGAGGAAGGCAAUUCUGGCCCUCCCAAAGGGUCCCUAAAGAAGAACCAAGUGAAAUUGAAGCAGAAGAUCAAAAAGGAGCCCAGUGAGGGGACUGAUGGGCGUUCAUCUAUGCCCACGGUGUCAGUUGCACAAAUUCCCUCUUACAGGCUGAACAAAAUCUGCAGGGGCAUCUCUCUCCAGCGGAAGAACCAGUUCAUGCAGAGGCUGCACAACUACUGGCUGCUGAAGCGGCAGGCAAGGAAUGGGGUGCCCCUGAUCCGACGUCUGCACUCACAUCUCCAGUCCCAGAGGAAUGCUGAGCAGAAGGAGCAGGAUGAGAAGACGAGUGCAGUGAAGGAAGAGCUGAAAUACUGGCAGAAACUACGGCAUGACUUGGAGAGGGCCCGGCUGCUCAUUGAGCUCAUCCGUAAGAGGGAAAAACUCAAACGGGAGCAGGUGAAGGUUCAGCAGGCUGCUAUGGAGCUACGGCUGACGCCAUUCAAUGUACUUCUGCGCACAACACUGGACCUGCUGCAGGAAAAGGAUGCUGCCCAGAUCUUUGCAGAGCCUGUUAACUUGAACGAGGUUCCAGAUUACCUGGAAUUCAUUUCCAACCCAAUGGAUUUUUCCACCAUGAGGCGGAAGCUGGAGUCCCACCUGUACCGAACAUUGGAUGAGUUUGAGGAAGACUUUAACCUUAUAGUUACCAACUGCAUGAGGUAUAAUGCUAAAGACACGAUUUUCCACCGAGCAGCUGUCCGGCUCAGAGACCUUGGAGGAGCGAUAUUGCGUCACGUGCGGCGGCAGGCUGAAAGCAUUGGCUUUGACACUGAUGUGGGGAUUCACCUGCCCGAGUCACCCCAAACCGAGGACUUUUACCGCUUUUCUUGGGCGGAUGUGGACAACAUCCUCCUGCCGGAGAACAGGGCUCACCUCACCUUGGAGGCCCAGCUGAAGGAGUUGCUUGAGAAGCUGGACAUAGUGAGCCCUAUGCGGUCCAGCGGCGCCCGGACACGACGCAUGCGGCUCCUGAGACGGGAGAUCAACUCCGUUCGGCAGAAGUUGGCCCAGCAGCAGAGCAGGACCAUGGCCAACGGGGAGCCUGUUCUGUGGGAAGAGGGGCUGGAUAAAACGUCGAGAGAAGAGGACGAGGAAGGGGACAGAGAUGAUGCCAAGCUCCCACAUCCUCCCACCCUGGAGCCCACAGGACCUGCACCCUCCUUCUCAGAUCUGGAAUCACUGCAGGACCCUCCGAAACUCAAACCCAUCCAUGACAGCAAGACCUUGAACCAGCUGCAGAAGAAGGUGUUGUCAGACAGGGAUUUCUUUGACAAGAAGGCACUGCAGCGGGAGAGCCAAGCUUUCCAGCGCCUGCUCAGUGACAGCAGCCUGAACGGACUCACCUUGCCACCUGCAGACAGCCUCAUGAGCCCCCCCUUCAGUGGCGUGGGCCGACGGACAUCUGUUCUUUUUAAAAAAGCUAAAAAUGGGGUGAAGCUGCAAAAAGGCCUGGACUGCUCCCUGGAGAAUGGAGAGGACCACGAGCAGCUUUUGCCCUCCUGUGCCAAUGGGGAGCGACAAACCCGGAAGCGGCCACAGGGCAGGAAUUACAGCGAGAGCAAUGGAGAGAAGUCACCCAGGCAGGCAGGGCAGAGAGGAGUGACCAACGGCUUUGCAAAGCACGCAGAGAGCAGCGCAGACUCUGAGCACAGCCCUAGCGUGGGCAGUGGGCUGGUGUUUGAAGCCUGCAGCUUAGCUUUUCAGGCUCCAUGCUGUCCUGUUAUGCCUGGUUUGAUGCCUCCUAAGCGAAGUCGAGGGAAGCCAGCUCUUUCUCGGGUGCCCUUCUUGGAAGGUGUGAAUGGAGACUCCGAUUACAGCAGCUCAGGGAGAACUCUCCUGAUGUCCUUUGAGAGUCAGGCUGAGCUGGAGCCCUUGGAGCUGGUGUGGGCUAAGUGCCGUGGUUAUCCCUCCUACCCUGCCUUGAUAAUUGAUCCCAAGAUGCCACGUGAGGGGCUGCUCCACAAUGGAGUCCCCAUCCCAGUCCCACCCAUGGAUGUGCUGAAGCUGGGGGAGCAGAGGCAGACAGAGGCAGGCGAGAAGCUCUUCCUUGUCCUUUUCUUCGACAACAAGAGAACCUGGCAGUGGCUUCCACGUGACAAGGUGUACCCUCUGGGCGUAGAUGACACUGUGGACAAGCUAAAGAUGAUGGAAGGAAGAAAAACCAGCAUCCGCAAGUCCGUGCAGGUGGCAUAUGACAGAGCCAUGGUUCACAUGAGCCGUGUGCGGGGAGAUCAUCCCUUUGUUCCGUCCAGUUAUCUGUGAUGGGUUGGGGCGGCCGGUCCUCCAGACGUCGCUGUCUGUCAGCACAGGGAGCCUGGCACCGAGCGGCCAAAGCGCGCCGCCUUCCAGCACUUGGCAGCGCUCCCCGAGGUACCUGCGAUGUGCCAAAACGCCUGUCCAGCUUCUUUCUGAAUGUGUCUUGCUGAAGAGCUGGCAGGAGAUGAAAUGUAGAGUCUGCAGGGCCAGGAGUAAGGUGUUAGGAGAAGCUGCUGGGUGACAGGAGCCGUGGUGAGCUGGUGCAGCAGAGCUCAGCACUUCGAUGUUUGGACCUCAUGCACGCUCUUUGCUGCUGCCUCCCCCGUGCUGCCAGGAGUUCGGGUGUCAGUCAGCCCCGAGUCGUUCCCUGAGCCCAUCACCUCUGUAAGCAAACCAGGAUCCUGUACAGAAAUCCCAGCUGGACUUUCUUGUGCCAAACUUACCUGGCCCUCACUGGCCUUUUUGUUCUUCUAUGAAAUCAGUUUAAAUGAAAUCAGUUGUCCCAUCAUGUCACAGAAAUGGUAGCUGGGAGGCAGUAUCAUGAUUUUCCUGCCUACAUUCACAGUGCUUUUACGUUAGAUUUCUUGCAUUGCAUUUAGAAAUGAGAUAUUUUGGUAACUUUCCCCUCUGCUGCACACAUACAUGCAGAUGCACAGAGCUUUAAAUAUGAAAAACAAAUUUCCUGUGGUGUUUUUUGGUGUGCAUUUAUGGCCUAGAAAUGUAUUUGGUAGUUUCACACUUGAAUUCUGAUUUCUGUGACUGUGCUCAUUGCAGUAGCAGUUCAUAUCAUGGUUUAGUACAGCCUUGAGUCUAAGCAAAGAUAACUUCUUUUUCUGAAGAAACAAAGCUGAUUCUGGAGGUGUCUGUGCUGGAGCAGCUCUGCAGGCACUGAGGUUGAUCAGGGUUGGAGGGAGACGCAUCGCUUGUGUUGCUGGAUGCACAUUUGGUGUCAGGCUCCUCUUCCUUUCUUCUUUUCUGUCUCUUUCAAGUUCUCCUCUGGCUUGGUUUGGGUUGAAACCGAGCACUAAGUAGAGCACACGACCAUUUUGCCUUUUUGCCUUCUCUCACGUACGUGCAUCCCUUCCUGGUGUGUGGGUCUCCAGCGUUGUCAUCCAUUAAGAAACAAACCAGCCUGGCUCUGCUGCAGCCCCUCUUUACUUUCUGAGUUUGCGUUGCAGAACUGGGCAGCCAAUGUUUGGAAACAGAUGACAAAACCUUUUCUAUUAGCCAAGGACUUACAAUUUCUCUGAUCUCUUCUGUUGUGUGUUCCCCUUUUUUUGCUUUUCCAUUUUAAGAACCAAAGGUGCAGAGCAAGAUUGUAGAUUGAAUAUCACCAUUUUGCUUUUUAACUCGGUAUUUUUUUAUUAUUUUAACUUUUUCAUACUGAAGAGAAUGUGGGGUCAAAAUAAUAAUAAUGAAUAGUGGGGAGUAAUCACUGCCAUUUCUACGUGGUCUACUUUUUUAGAAAUACCAAUUCUUAUACAUUGGGACACGGAGCCACACUUUAUGAAAGAUUCCUUUCCCAUAUAGAGAAGGGGCGUAGGAUUUUGUAAAAAUAGUAAUAAUAAUAAUGCCUAUGGAGUGUGGCGAGGGAAGAAUGUUGUGUAUAUAGUUGUACAGUACUGCUCUAAAUUAUUCAGACUUACUGUCACCAUUCUUGAAGUCCUCAGUCGUGUUGCUGGAUCUUUUAUAUGCACACAGUGUAAUUUAUUUAAAGGAACAUACACUUUUCUGGGUGGUAACUCAGCUGUGGACUUGUGACCUGUGUAUAUGUUUUCAGAAUUUGGGAUAUUAUUAUUUUUUUGGUUGGUUGGUUGUUUUUAAAUGACAUUUUAGAAUGGGAAUUGGCUGAUCUGCUGUUUGCUACGGGACCGAGACGUGACUGUCACUGCUGUAAAGCACAGAUUGCUCUAUUUAUUGUAGAAAGUGAGUUUAUUUGCUUUCUAGAGUUGUUUAUAUCAGAUGGUAUAAGAGAGGUAAUAAGAAAAUCUAUGCUUGUAAAGAAAAAAAAAGCUAAUUUUACCUACUAUAAUCUGACUGUCUGAGACUAUAUUUUCUCUCUGAGAAAUAAAUGUUCUAAAGUAUUAAAAAAA